AUGCUCUCCGCCUCUUUCCCUCGACUCGUCCUCCGGCAGUCGAGGCUGAUCGUGCAGAGACGAGCGGCAUCCUCCACUACCGAAGCCGCGACAGAUGCCGCGUCCUCAGGCGCAAACAAGGCGAAGGAGGGUGCUUCGCAGGCUGCCGGCCAGGCACAACAGGGACUGUCGAGGGUGACGAGCUCGGCGGGUAGUGCUAUGACAAGUGCUUCCAGUGUUGCUGGCAAGGCGGUGGCUGGCAUCGGCGGGCGGACAGGGCGCAUGAUCAACUUUGUGCAAGGCAUGGUACCACCCACGAUCUACUACGCUCGUGUUGUUGGAGAGCUCGGCAAGAUAAUAUAUCGCGGACGCGGCAUGCAACCCCCGAACAUGCAAACUGUGCAGUCGUACAUGACUCCGGUCACGAACGCCCUCCGAAACCCUUCGAGCCUUGCAACCCAAACUGCGGGUGUCGCAGAAAGCACCGCAUCGACCGCGGUCAACAACCCGCAGAGCUUUCUCACACGGUUACGGAAUCUCGACUCGGCCACUCUCACUUCUGCUGCUGUGAUCGGUGCGGAGACGAUUGGUUUCUUCUGCAUUGGUGAAAUGAUCGGGCGUCUGAAGAUCAUCGGCUACAGGGGCGGUCACAGUGAACAUCACUAA